AUGACACACUCCGCACGGUCGACCACAGACGCAGGAACCCCGGGGGCCCCUGAGGGAGAAGGGGGCCCCCCAGCCCCAGCCCCCAACCUCACCAGUAACCGACGACUGCAGCAGACGCAGGCACAGGUGGACGAGGUAGUAGACAUCAUGCGUGUGAACGUGGACAAGGUGUUGGAGAGGGAUCAGAGACUGUCGGAGCUGGACGACAGGGCCGAUGCUUUGCAGGCCGGGGCCUCACAGUUUGAGAGCAGCGCUGCCAAGCUUAAGAACAAGUACUGGUGGAAAAACCUCAAGAUGAUGAUUAUAAUGGCAAUCUUAGGAGUCAUAUGCGUUGGAGUUGUCUUCUUGUAUUUCUAUUAUUGA